AAACGUUACUGUCACUAAAUGAAAUCUAUUUUUCUUUCUUAAAUUUUGCUCUGACAAAUAUUUUUGAUUGCGUCAUUUUCUACUUUGGAAAUGUCUUUGAUUUAGCAUUUCAGUUCGCUCAAAACAUCAAAUCUUACCUUCUUUAGCUUUCACAUUAGAUUCUGGUAAUUAUUAGCACAAAAAAAAGAUAAGCCAGAAUACGAAACAACCAAAAAAAGAGGAGAAUUCUUUUUUUUUUUUUUCUUUCCGAUGCCUCCGACCAAUAAUUACCGAAUCUCCGGCGAACCACCGUCUACUACGCCGUCUCAUCCACCGCCAAAACCGAAAACAAGGAUUCUCUCUCUAUUCCUCGUUGGUGUAAUCAUGUUUUCAAUCUUCUUUCUCUUCCUCGUUCUUAUCGGUAUCGCCUCUGUUCUUAUCCUCCCUCUCCUCCUCUCUUCUCUCCAUCGUCACCACCGACGUCGUCGUCGUAAUCGCCGACAAGAAUCCUCAGAUGGGUUAUCUUCAAGAUUCGUGAAAAAGCUUCCUCAAUUCAAAUUCUCCGAACCUAGCACAUACACACGGUACGAGAGCGAUUGUGUGGUUUGUUUUGAUGGAUUCAGACAAGGACAAUGGUGUCGGAAUCUUCCUGGUUGUGGACACGUGUUUCAUCGAAAGUGUGUGGACACUUGGUUGCUCAAAGCCUCGACGUGUCCUAUUUGCAGAGCUAGGGUUAGAUUGUGGGAGGAAGAUCCACAAGAAGGAGAAUUAUGGAGAUGUUUUGGUCAUAGAAGAAGUAGUUUGCUAGAUUUGUAAUAUUGUGUGGUUAUGUAGACGUGGACUCAGUCUAAUGGAUGAUAAGAAUCUCCAAAACUGAAGCUACGAAGAGGUACAAUACAAGCCAAGGACUCUUUCCUCCAUAGAGAAGUAGCGGGUCGAUCUUAUGGUAAUAUAUAAGCACUAAGCAGAUGGGCGUUUGAUCAUAUAAACCCUCACUACCAUUACCAAAAAGCAAUAGCCAAGAGCUUUUUUUUUCAUUUUCUUUUUGAAAGCCAUGGAUCGGUUUUCGUUCUUGAAUGUUAUAAUGGAGGUUGCGGGUAUUCUAAAUGAAUCCCGCAAACUCUCCUCAAGAACAAAAAGUUGAUGUUCUCAGUCUUGGUAUUCCCUCUCUUACUCAAUUGUUUAGU